CGCGAGGAAGAAAAGAAAGGAGGGCGCCGGAGGCAAGCCGAACCUACCGCCUCCGCACGCGAAUUCAAUGCGCCGGUCACGAGUUGGUUGGCGCCAUAAAGUCUCCCCCUUUCCCAUCCCCCUCUCCUCUUCUUUGCUGCCGUCCCUCCCUCUCUCUCUCUUCCUGCUUCGUCCUCAUCGGUUGGCUCCCUUCCUCGGAUCCCUCGCCAGACCCCCGAUCCAGCUCCGCCGACCGACUGCUGUUGUUCUCUCUGUCUUCUCCGUGUGUGUGGGCUGGUGAUCCAAGGGGGUGGAGUGGGGAGUGGGGAGUGAGGCGGGCGUGUGGUGGAUGGAUCCGUCGGGCGCGUUCGCGCGGAGCUCCAGCAAUGUCUCGCUGGCGUCGCUUGUGAGGAGCGGGAGCGGCGGCAGCAGCGGGAGUAGUGGGAGCAGCCGCGGGAGGGGCGGGAGCCGGAGGAUGGUGCGCCGGGUGCUCCGCGGCGUCAUCACCUUCAUCUUCGCCAUCGCCGGGCUGUUCCUGGGAGCCGUCACCGGCGGGCUGAUCGGCCUGGCCACGGAGAGCGGCCUCUUCCGCGGCACCGGAAUCGGCGCCAUCACCGGCGCGCUCGUGUCCAUCGAGGUCGUCGACUCCUCCAUCCGCCUCUGGCGCUCCCGCCGGUCCGGGAUCUGGAGCAUCUUGUACGUGCUUAAUGUGAUCUACAGCCUCCUGACGGGCCGGCUCGUCCGUGAGAAGGUUGAUCCGGCAGUGCAGCGAGUGGUCCGCAGCCAGAUGAAUGCAGUGGACUCAUCGCAGUUCAGGGAGGCCCCUGACCUCUUCGAGAUCGAGGGAACCAACGGCAUGCCGAGGGCGUCCAUCGACAAACUGCCCGAGGGCACUAUCACCGAGGAGUAUAACCGGAAUGCCGUCGGUGACCUCUCCGGGUGCUCAGUAUGCCUGCAGGAUUUCCAGAUUGGGGAGAAGGUGCGGAGCUUGCCCGAUUGCCUGCACGUGUUCCACGUGCCGUGCAUCGACGGCUGGCUGAUCAAGCACGGAUCAUGCCCACUCUGCAGGAGGAAGCUCUAGAUCAUCAUCAUCAUCAUCAUCAUCCACGACCGACGACGACGACCGACGAGGAACUUCUGAACUUGUGUCUGCUGCUAUUAGGAAGGAGGUCUUGCUCUGCUUGCUGCUUUGCAUGCUGUGUGUGCGCGCGCUAUGCCUGUGUUGCUGUUGCUGCUGUUAGGAGGCUGACAUAUCUAUAGAACGAACCCUAAAUUUAUAGAGCUCUUUUUUUUGCCUUCUUUUCUUUUUGCGUUUUGAUUUUUGAUCUCUCUCUUCUCCCGGUGGAUGUAAUAUAGUAGUAUGUACUACCACUGGAACAAAAAAAGCACUGGACCGGCUUGCGCUUCGUUGUUGUUCUCCGGACUGAUGAACUCCUCAGAUCAUCAUGUAAUGUUAUAUAUAUCACACCGCUAUUGUACAA